AUGCCGCUGAGGCGGGCACGGAGCCAACCCAGUGCCGGCGGCGGGGGGGGGACGCCCGCCUGGCUUUGCACCAGCAAAAACCCCUGGGCACAGGAGGUGGAAGGGAGAAGAGCUCCCUCGAGGGGGCCGGGGGAGCCCGCCCGAUUCCGCUGCGACGCCAAGCACGUGGUGCUCUACCCACUGGUGUCCAAGAGCCUGCGCAACAUCGCGGCGGGGAAGGACCCGCUGGAGGGGCAGCGGCACUGCUGCAGCAUCGCCCAGCUGCACGACCACUACUCCCUGGGCUACCCCGACCUCGACGAGCUGCAGAAGAACCCCCAGCCCCUCAUCUUCGACAUCGAAGUGCUCAAGGUGGAGGCACCCGGCUCCUACCAGCAGGACCCGUGGGCCAUGACGGAUGAGGAGAAGCUGCAGGCCGUACCCCUGAUCCACAAGGAGGGCAACGAGCUCUACCGGCAGGGCAAGGUGCAGGAGGCAGCUGCCAAAUAUUACGAUGCCAUCGCCUGUCUCAAGAACCUGCAGAUGAAGGAGCAGCCCGGCUCUCCGGACUGGAUUGAGCUGGACCAGAAGAUCACACCCCUGCUGUUAAAUUACUGCCAAUGCAAGCUGCAGUGCGAGGAGUACUACGAGGUGCUGGAUCACUGCUCCUCCAUUCUCAACAAGUACGAGGACAACGUCAAGGCCUACUUCAAGCGAGGGAAGGCCCACGCGGCGGUGUGGAACGUGGCGGAGGCGCAGGCUGACUUUGCCAAAGUGCUAGCCCUCGACCCCUCGCUGCGCCCCGUCGUCUCCAAGGAGCUGCGGAGCCUGGAAGCCCGCCUGCGCGAGAAGGACGCCGAGGACAAGAUCCGCUUCAAGGGCAUCUUCUCGCAGUAGAGCCCACGGCCGCAGUAGAGAGCCCAAUGCUCUCCGAACAGGUUCUUUUAGAUAUUCCACAUGUGGAAUGUUCAUUGAUGUUUAUUAAUGUUUAAUACAAGUUUUACUUAUUUGAAGUGGCCCGGGAGCUCGCCACAGCCCGGUGACA